AAACCUAUAAUAUUCAUCAUUCAACAACAAAAACCCUAAUGGCGUGAGUAUGCUAUUAUGCUUAGUCAUUCACUCAUUUGUGAGUAACUCUGUUUUCUAGUUUCUUCAGUCCCUCAAUUGUGAGUGCCGUCACCGUCAGUCCUUACCGUCGACAGCUUUUACUCACCGGUAGUUCUUCCUCGCCGCUGGCAGUUACCCACUACUCCUUAACGACUCACAAUUACGAGGACUUCAGCCGAUCAUCCUUUGUUCUUUUUUCCUCACCGUCGGCGCAGUUUCCCGCAGUCUACAUUUCUGUAAUAUCUGCAUAACCUCUGCUUUUAAUUGGGGUAAAUAAUUACAUGGAUUAUUGUAGAAGGCGCGACUUUUUGUUCUGCGAUUUAUGCGGAACCAUGCUGUCUUUGAUUUCUACGAAGCAUGCUCGCUGCCCUUUGUGCCUCUCAAAGAAAGCUGUCAAAGCGAUUGCAGGGAAGGAAACACAUUAUACUAUAUCAGCAGAGUAUAUUAGAAGGUCAUUACAGAUAGAGCCAUUUGUGAAGGUUGAUGGCGUACUUACUGGUGAAGUGAAAGUGCAAAGACAACAGAUUAACCAACCAUGUGAAAAGUGUGGACAUAGCCCUGUUGAGCUAGUUGAUUCAAGACAAACGAGAUCAGCAGAUGAAGGACAGACCAAUUUCUACGAGUGCCCUUCUUGCCGACACCGAUGGAAGGAGAACUCUUAGCUCUUAUAUUUUUGUGGCAAGGAGAGUAUGGAAAAUCUUCUGUCUCAUCCAAAAACCAGUAUUUGGUAUUUUUUCUUCUAAUUUGUUUGUGAUAGGAUGAUCUGUUGUGGCUGUCUUCCUCAGUUUAUAUAAAUCUCAUGUUUUUUCCUCAAAAAUCUUUUUUUUGUUUGUUUUGCAUCCAAUCUUGGCCAAAUGUUGGGAGCAUUGUACGAGUUGUACGUUAUAUACGAUGUUUUGGCAAUAUAUUAUCGGUGAUGUUCAGAUGAAUAAUCUACAAGAGAGGUUGAUUUGUGUUAUCGUA